ACACAGAGCUGCCCAAGAGUUUUUUACUUUACAAAACACACACCGACAAGGAAGAAAAAUGUCUGUGAUUGGUAUUGAUUUUGGUAGCGAGUCGUGCUAUGUCGCCGCCGCCAAGGCUGGCGGUAUUGAGACUCUUGCCAAUGACUACAGCUUGAGAGCAACACCAUCAUGUGUGGCUUUCGAUGGCAAAAAACGUAUCAUCGGCGUUGCUGCCAAAAACCAGCAGGUCACAAAUAUGAAAAACACAGUUAGUGGCUUCAAACAAUUACUGGGUCGUAAAUUCAACGAUCCCCAUGUGCAACGCGAACUUAACAGCAUUCCAACAAAAGUUACAAGCUUGCCCGAUGGUAGCAUCGGUUACCAUGUCAACUAUUUGGAUCAGGAGCAAACGUUCACCCCCGAACAGUUGACAGCCAUGUUGUUUACUAAGUUGAAGGAAACUUCUACCCAUGCCAUGGGAACACAGGUUAAUGACUGCGUUAUUACUUGCCCUGUGUACUUCACCAACGCUGAACGCAAGGCUUUACUUGAUGCUGCCCAAAUUACCGGUCUCAAUGUUCUACGCCUAAUGAAUGAGACCACCGCAACAGCACUGUCCUAUGGUUUCUACAAGCAGGACUUGCCCGAGGAUAAACCUCGAAAUGUUAUCUUUGUGGACUGCGGCCAUGCCUCACUGCAGGUCAGUGCAUGUGCCUUUACAAAAGGCAAACUAAAGAUGCUGGCCAGCACCUGGGACUAUAUCGGAGGUCGCGACUUCAACAAUGCCUUGGCUGAACACUUUGCCAAGGAGUUCCAGGACCGUUUCAAGAUAAAUGCCAAGACAAAUGCUCGUUGCUGGUUGCGUCUCAUUACGGAAGUUGAGAAACUUAAGAAACAAAUGUCGGCCAACAGCACCAAAUUGCCCUUGAACAUCGAGUGCUUCAUGGAUGACAUUGAUGUUUCGUCCAGCAUGCAGCGGUCCGAAAUGGAAGAAUUGUGUGCUCCAUUGUUCCAACGUGUGGAGAAUACUUUCAAAAAGCUAUUGGCAGAUUCCAAACUCACUCUCGAGGAUAUCCAUUCAGUAGAAAUUGUUGGCGGUAGCUCACGUAUUCCCGCCAUUAAGCAAUUGAUUGAAAGUGUGUUUGGCAAGUCGGCUAGUACCACAUUGAACCAGGACGAGUCGGUGUCUCGUGGUGCCGCUUUGCAGUGCGCCAUCAUGUCACCCGCUGUCCGUGUACGUGAAUUUGGCGUGACUGAUAUUCAGAACUAUCCCGUUAUGGUUACUUGGGAAGGUGAUGGCAACGUAUCCGGUGGCGGCAUUGAAGUGUUCCCCGUUUUCCACGCAGCACCAUUUAGCCGUCUUCUGACCUUGAACCGCAAAGAACCCUUCACCAUGACAGUUCAGUAUUCACAACCUAUUCCUUAUCCAGAUCCCGUCAUUGGUCGCUGGACCAUUAAGGAUGUCAAGCCCAACGACAAGGGAGAAUUUGCCGAGGUUAAGGUUAAAGUAAGAAUCAAUCAUCACGGUAUCGUAUUGAUCUCCAGUGCUUCGUUGGUCGACAAGAAGGAAGCUGAAGAAGCUCAACAAGCCAACGAACAAGCAGGCAACGCUGAAGCACCAGCAGGUGGUGAACAGCAGCAGAACAACGGUGGAGAACCAAUGGAUGUACAGACCGAGGCUUGUAAUGACAAUGAAGACGAUAGUACAAAUACUGCCUCAUCACCUGGAGGACAAGGGUGGGCUCAACGGGUCAAGGGCUGGUUUACUCCGGGUGCAGACAAGAAGAAGAAGAGUACCAAAUUGAUUGAGCUGCCCAUGGAGGCACACACACAUGGCUUUUUGCCCAACGAAUUGAACAAUUUGAUUCAACAAGAGGCUAAAAUGGUAUCCAAUGAUGCCAAGGAAACCGAACGUAUUGAUGCUAAGAACGCUUUGGAAGAGUUCGUCUAUGAGAUGCGUAACAAGUUACAGGGUGGUCCAUUGGAGCGUUAUGUAGUCGAUGCCGAGCGCGAUGCCAUUUGUGCCCAAUUGAAUGAAUUGGAAAAUUGGCUGUAUGAAGAUGGUGAAGAUUGUGAUCGCGAUACUUAUGUUAACAAGCUCAAGGCCUUACACAACCAAACAAAUCCCAUUAAGGAACGUGCCAGUGACUACGAACUCUGCCCAGGCGUAUUCUCGGAAUUGAAAAAUGCCAUCAACCACGCUCAUGCGGCUGUAAACGAAUUUAAGAAGGGCUCACCAAAAUACGAUCAUUUGACUGAAACCGAAUUCAUUAACAUUGCCGAGCAUGCCGAGAAGGCCCAGAAGUGGUUGGACAGUCACAUGAGCAAAUUUGCCGAAUCGCCAAGAACCGCCGACAGUCCCGUCAAGGUUGCCGACAUUCGUCAUGAAGUCCAGACACUCAAUACCUGCGUAAAUUCAGUCAUCAAUCGCCCCAAGCCCAAACCAGCUGCCAAACCUGCACCACCCAAAGACAAUGCAGCCAGUGGAGAGCAACACAACGGCGAGAAUGCCGACAACAAAGCCGAGGGUGAUAAGACGGCGCACACCAACAAUGUGCCAGAAGAUUCAACGAUGGACGUGGAAUAGGGUCGUCGGC